AUGGGAAUUGUUCAAAAAGAAAAUAUUGUUAACUCUCCUCUUCCAUUGUUCUCCCUCAACCAUGUCUCUUUUCUCUGCAAAUCUGUGACAGAAACGGCUAAGUUCUAUCAGGAAGUUCUUGGGUUCGUCCUAAUAAAGAGGCCCUCCUCUUUUGAUUUCGAGGGAGCAUGGUUGUUCAACUAUGGCAUUGGAAUACAUCUGUUGCAAUGUAAUUCUGUUAAUGAUGUUCGUAAGAAGCCACCCUUCAUCAAUCCAAAAGAUAAUCACAUUUCUUUCCAGUGCACAGACGUAGAGGUGGUGAAGAAAAAGCUGGAAGAGAUGGGAAUGGAGUAUGUGACUACUGUAGUGGAGGACGGAGGGAUUGAGGUUGAUCAGCUCUUCUUCCACGACCCAGAUGGAUACAUGAUUGAGAUCUGCAACUGCCAUAAGCUUCCCGUUCUGCCUAUCUCUGCAUGCCCCCUCAAGGUGCCGCACUCCAACGAGAGGAAUCAAGAUAUGAGCAUGAAGACUCUUUGUUCCGCUAAGAUGGAAAGUUGGAUGAUGGAGAAUUUAGUCAAUGACACGAUCGAUAUCGCAAUUUAAUUCUUAGAGAAAGUUGAAAUUUGUUGUUUAAUUUUUCUAUCUUUUUGUGUAACUGGAUUUGAAGUUUUGUGAGUGAACUCAACUCAACAUUUGUUUGUUUGUCCAUACAUAUUAGAAAUAUUUCCAAUUAGUUAUUUGUUGAUGCCUGUAAAAAUCCUUCCUACCCGUGUUGUAGAGUGAGGGUAGGAAGAAGAUUGUUUGUUCUGAAGGAGUAAAAUAGUUUUGAAUAAGUGACCCAAAUCAUUAAUACUUCAAAUGAUGUUUUGAAUGAUGCGGUUCUACGAUGCCGUGGGUGUGCAAUAAGUCAGCCCAUCACCAAGCUUGUGUUUCAUGAGUUGUCUUGAAGGAUUCGUGCAUCUGCAAAAUUUGCCUUUCAGUGUAGACUGUCUGUGAGAAGAAUGUGCACUAGAUUCAGUUUGUUUGUAGUGCGAAUUUCAUUUGCAAUGGUGUUAAUGUACGAAAGUGUACAAAUAGGCUGAAUGUAGAUUCUAAUUUACUUUUGCUUCAGAUUCAA